AUGAUUCAUGCUCUGAAGCUUGAAGAAGCUGCAUUAGAAGCAACUGAUGCAGGUGUUGAUGAGAAUCUGAGUGUUGAUGCAGGUGGUGAUAAUGAGGAAGAAGACUCUGAGGUUGAAGAUGAGGGAAAUGAUUCCCCAAGACAGUGCCUCUGUGAGCUGUGUCUAAGGAGUGAAGAAGUCUGCAGAAUCUCAGAAAAACAAAAGGAGACAAUCUCAAAGUUGCAAACUGAAAGAAUUGUCAAUCUAACAAAAAUCUCUGAGAUUGGUGUUAAGUGUGAAGAAGGGUUGAAAACAAUUGAGGAGCAAAAGGCAAUCAUCGCCAAUCUGGAAACAGAUAAGCUUGAGCAACUAGCAGAAAUAUCUAAGCUGAAUGAAGAGGGGCACAUAAGACCUUACUGCUAUAAGUUAUAUGGGUAUCCAAAUGAAACUAUUCAAGAGAAACUUGAUCCAUCCAUAACUAAUGCAAAGAAGGAGUGGAAACAAAAGGUUGAUGUAACCAACACCAAGGGUUGUGCAGCUGAAAGUUGUGAGAAAAGCUUGAUUGCUCACACUUCUCUUAGAGCCUCAUCAAAAGAAGAUUGGUACUUUGAUAGUGGUUGUUCUAAACAUAUGACCGGUGUUGAAAAAUAUUUGAUGGAUAUAAAAUCCUAUGCAACAAGUUUUGUAACAUUCGGAGAUGGAGCUAAAGGAGAAAUUAAAGGUACUGCAACAACACUGUGUGAACUAUGGAAGAACAGAAAGCCUACUGUAAAAUAUUUCAAUGUGUUCAGAUCAAAAUGGUACAUCUUGGCCGAUAGAGAACCUAGGAGGAAAUUCGAUCCCAAAAGUGAUGAGGGAAUAUUUCUAGGUUAUUCAACCAACAACAGAGCCUAUAGAGUUUUCAAUUCUAGAACGAAAACCAUGAUGGAAUCAAUCAAUGUCGUAAUUGAUGAUACUGAUUUGACAAGUAUAGAUUCAGCUGAAGAGACAGAUGUAGUCACACCUGUCCCAACACCAGAUGAUGAUCAAGCUGAAUAUGAUUCUAUUCAAGACUUUGAGCCUAAUACAGAGAAUUUGAGACCAAACAAAGGUCCAUCAAUCAGAGUUCAGAAGAACCACUCAAAGGAAAUCUCUAUUAGAAAUCCUGACCAAGGAGUUACCAUAAGAAUAUCUACAUAUGUAAUUCUCAAGAAUUUGAAAGAAGAAGCUCAAUCUGGAAAGUUAAGGGGCAAGCUAAGUAUUUGCCUAUUUAAAGAAUUGUAG